GCGUGCCAAGAGGCAAGGUAUUAAUAUUCCAGAAAAUGUCUGUCCGACAUCCUCAGGGCUGAGUUCACGCGGCUCACUUUACAAUUAACAAACUACUACUCCCAGAAUUCAACGCGGGGAGCUCGGGGAAGCGGUGCUCGGCUCUCUGACGGACGCGAAGCUGCUGCCUUUGCUUCCCUACGGUGGGUUUGGGAAGCGGCUAGAGUCGCUAGAAAGGCAUUUCCAACAACGAGGACGCACGCCGCGGCAUUUCUUCUCGACCUUACUCAUCCAGACGGGGGCUCUCAGCAUGGGGAAUGGCAUCAACAAGGUCCUGCCUGACUUAUAUUUGGGAAAUUUCAAAGACGCAAGAGACAGAGAACAGCUAGCCAGGAACAACAUCACGCACAUCCUGUCCAUUCAUGACAGCGCAGCUCCCAUCCUCCAGGAGAUGACCUAUCUCUGCAUUUCAGCUGCUGACCUGCCCACACAGAACCUGACUCAGCACUUUAAACAAAGCAUAACGUUCAUACACGAGUCCCGUCUGAAAGGAGAAGGCUGCCUCGUUCACUGUUUGGCGGGUGUGUCUCGUAGCGUCACCCUGGUUGUAGCGUACAUCAUGACCGUGACGGGACUGGGCUGGCAGGAGGCGCUGGCGGCGGUCAGAGUGGCCAGACCCUGCGCCGGCCCAAACCUGGGCUUCCAGCGGCAGCUCCAGGAGUUUGAGACGUCGCAAGCUGAACAGUUCAGAGACUGGCUACAGAAGCAAUACAAGGACAACCCCUUCAAUGAUGAGGCUGAUAUACGUGAUUUGCUUGCCAGGGCUUCCAAAGCCAGUGGCGAGGAGGUAGAAAACUGUGCAUCUACCCCACCUGGAGGUAUCUGAUCAGAUCUUUUGCACAUCGACCCGGAGGAUUACACCUUUGUGAGGCACUGAAGUAGCCUGGACCUUUCUGGAGGUCUGGUGUGCUCUGGAGUGGACCACUGUCUGAAUGUUUAUCGCUUUAAACAUCCUGGACCUGACUGUUGGAAGAGACUAUUAUUAUUUACAGCGCACAUUUAUUUUUAUCAUUUUAUCAUUGUUGGAUUGAUAGAUGAUUCUGGUGCUGUUUUUUUUUUUAUUUCUAACUUAUACAUGUUAAAAAACUGUGUUUUUUCACUGUGUCACAAUGAUUUCAAACUCAUGAAUAAAAGCAAGUAAAGUCAA